ACCCAUCCCCUAUUCAAUUUUUUGAAUAUCCAUAUAUAGACAGAACUCGACACCAUAAUGUGUUAUUCGCAGCUAUUAAUCUUAUUUGGCACAAUAUGUACGAAAAUACAAGGAUCUUCCCUUUUUUGAUUUUCCAAAUAAAUUUCCUUUAAAUCGGCCUUGACAACCUCCCCUCUUUCUUUAGACGUUUUCUCGGAUUUUUUUUUAAAUUUUGGAACUUUACAACACCCAAGCAACGCCAUAUUUGUUCAUUUGAAAUUUUGACAUUAUAUUUAUCAUUUAUUUACAUAAUGCAAUCUAAAUAAUGUCCAUCCAAAUUUACCUGCCAUAUCUUCAUGAGUACAUCAGCGUGUACAAAGCCCAUUCAUUCUAAAUAUUAAAAUAUAGUUGGAUAGAAGUUUCAUUCUUUUGAAUUAUCUUUAUUAAGGUACCUAAUAAUAUUUUUUUCACAACCGGCAUCAGUCUAAUUAGUGUCAUUUAUUUGCUACAUCUACCAAAUAAAAAUUAUAAUAGUUUGAUACAAAUAAUACCUAUAUAAGUAUCCGUCCCUUUCUAUUCACCUUUUGAAAGAACGCGGUACUUGACUGGUUCUAGCACGUAUAAAGUACGUUCCCCUUGCUAAUAAUAUAUUCACAAGGCAUCUCAUUAGCCGAAUGCAAAUCAGUCUGUAAGGGUACACAAAAGCUAUUUGCGAAAAACACUUUUCUGUGUGCUUUGUCUCGGAUUCUACGGGUUUUAAGACACGCUGUCCCUAGGCAAGCGUUUGGGGAUUUUCCGCAGAAAACCCGAACACAUCGCUCGGGACAUCUUGCAAAAACAUCCCCAAAGACUUCACUCAACCCGAUAACUUUACGCUCUGAAAGUGAAGAAAUCACCUCAUGGAUUAUUUCGACAAACAAACUCUCAAAUCACACAACAGCUACCGCGCACUGCACCAAGUCCCACCGCUGACAUGGAACAGUGGGCUCGCCAGGGACGCGCAGGCCUGGGCCGAGCAGCUGGCCAUGCGCGGGAGGCUAAAGCACGCGGACACGCAAGACGGCGAGAAUAUCUACGUGCAGUUUGGCCAGGCAGAUAUCAAUGGCGAGGAAGCAGUGGACAAGUGGUAUAACGAGGUCAACAAUUAUGACUUCGGGAAGCCAGGCUUUCAGAGCAAUACUGGUCACUUUACACAGGUUGUAUGGAGAGACACUGAAGAAUUUGGUGUUGGGAAAGCGCAGGGUGAAGAUGGUAAAAUAUUUGUUGUUGGUCGCUACAGACCUGCAGGAAACAACAUGAGACACUUUAAAGAGAACGUCCUACCUAUGAAGAAUGGUCCUCUCAAUCACUCGAACAAUUGGGAUGCUAUGCCUAACAAUAACCAGGCCCUAAACCAGGAACCUCACCAUGCUGUGUACUUACAGCAGUCAAGGCCAAAACCAAUCCGAGCAACACUCAGUGAGGCAAGAGAACCAACACCAGUCCAUAAGAGGCAGUUUGGAGAGAAAGACACUAAAAGUGAAUAUAAAGGGAAGUGGGAAUCGAACAGAAGAAGUAGAGAGUUUGACAAGGAAGAUUUCAAGGGAAACAGCAGAGAUAUUAAUCGCUUAUGGGAAAAUAGAUCAGAACCAAAGGGCAAGGCAAGGGAGUCAAUUAAGAAAUGGGAACAAGCAAGUACUGAAAGUACACCAGUAUCUGAUUUUAAAAGAAAAGAACAGGAAAUCAACGAUUUAGUUCUACGGAAUUCUAGAGGUCUUAGAAAACAAGACACUAUAGAAGAUCGCAUCAAGAAGUUUGAGCCCGAGGAAUAUCGGCCUAAGCCAAGGCCCCCUAGGCCUGUAUCGGAACCCAACAUAAGCUACAAACACGCUGAGACUGCCCAGUCUAGACCAACACCCGCAUGGAAAACAGAGCGAGACAACAAACCAAGGCCAAGCUCUAUCGCUGGGAGCUGCGGCAAGACAAGGUCUACUAGUGACCCAAAACAGAUCGUCACAACGUUCACAGAUGGUCCAAGGAGAACUGUAGUGUCUGCUAUCACCGUCACCUUGAAAGGAAAUGAGGGGCGUUUAACUCGCACUACUCGAAAAGAACCGGCAAACCGGCAAGAGGGUGCAAUAGAAUUUCGAAAAGCUCUAAAUGCAGAGUCAACCCCAAGAGGUCAUUCUCACAAGAAAGAACUGUGGUCAUACAAGAAACCAAUCAUCGAUGAAGAAAUCAAACCGACUAUCGCUAAGCCGAGGCCUCUUGUCAUUGACAUGGAAGAUGAUUCAUUUAAUGGAGUCAAAGGCCGGGGGGGACAGCAGGAUAACUCUCGUUAUGAUUCCAUUGACAAGAAAAAGAAUAAACCGAGCAGUUCCCGUGCAACACUUGAACUAUUCCAACAGCAAGCCCUCGACGCCCACAAUUACUUUCGCGCUUUUCACGGCGUGAAGAACCUGAAAUGGUCACAUGACCUGGCGAGAGGCGCGCAGGCCUGGGCCGAGAAGCUCGCGAGAGAGCGAACACUGAAGCAUUCGACACGAGAACGAGGCGAAGACGGCGAAAAUCUCGCAAUGUUUACUGGGAAGUACGAGUCUGCGGGCGAAGAAGCCACAAACAUGUGGUACGAGGAGUCAGCGUAUUAUAACUUCAACAGACCUGGAUACCAGUCCAACACGGGCCAUUUUACCCAAGUGGUCUGGAAGGGUACUAAAGAACUGGGUCUAGGUCGGGCCAAGACCCCCGACGGGCGCUUGACGUUUGUUGUGGGGAGAUAUCGUCCGUCGGGAAAUAUGUUGAGGGAAUUCGACAAUAACGUUUUUCCGCAGCAAUACUAGAAAAUAACGUAGGGACAAACAAUCAAAGGAUAGCAAGAUGAUAAUCCAGAAUAAUAGGAAAUCUUUCUCGGCAAGCCUCGCAAUCAGCAGAGACGAAUUGCUAGAAAAAACAGACGAGUAACAGAACGUCUUUGCUUUCUUGCUGUAAGUAAAUAUUCAAUAUAUAUAUAUAUAGGUGGUAUGAUGUCAAAUGUAAGACAGUUUUCUAAGGGUGAGGGUUUUGGGCUUUAUAUUUAAAUUAUGAUAAAUGUUUGUGUAUGCAUACAUGUACAUAAUGUUACUAGUCAAACUAGAUAUUAAAACAAUUUAUAAAACGAUAACCAUUAAAACGUGCACUAUUUAUUAAAA